AUGGACGACCAACAACCCGAACUCGAUGCGGAAACCAAGCUGAAGAGCCAGGAGCAAAUUGAGGACAAGGGAGAUGCGGAACCACGCCCUAUCGAUGAGGGAUCUCGCAGCCUACCGGCCACUGCUCAGCCGCUGACCGGCCGAGCCCUCGAUUUCCUUUCCACUGCCAGUAACGAGACGCUCAGCGCGUGCCUUCUGGGGCUUGGCGUUGUAACAUACGUUAUACUCGGAAGAGUUGGCCUCAUAUUGAUUGGUGUGGUAGGGGGCGUUGUUCUUCAUGCCAGCUGGGAAGCCAGUUCUCAAGGCGGUGCAAAUGAGCCGUCUCGAGCUGUGGAAGAGAGGAGGAAAAAGGAGACUGGCCUGGAUGUUGCGCACAGGGUGUUAGCAUGGAGGUCGAGAGGCUCAGACGCUGAGGCGGAGGAUCGACAUGAUUCUGAUUUGAAUGUCAAGCUUUUCUCUGGGGAGCAGCUUGAUUAUACUGGUUUCAAGCCGGAAACUGCGGAUGCUCUGAACGAGGUCACAGACGCCGUGAUUCGCGAUUAUGUCAAGUGGUGGUAUUCGCCAAUCCUGCCCUCAGAGUUGACAUUUCCUACCGCUUGCCGACAAUCAUUGACCGCUUUUAUCUUGUCAAUCUCAGCGCAUCUCUCACGUAAGAGACCGGCUGAUACUUUCCUUGACUUCGUUACGCAUUCAUCAUCCAUUGUCAUCGUCUUCUUGAGCGAGCUUGCCACUGCGCUCGCAGCUUCACCAUCAGCUCCUGCAGAGAACGCAAUUGCGACGUACUUGGAGCUCAAGCCUGAGAGCAACUUAUCUAAUAUCCUGGAUACCAAGCAUCAGGAAAGGAAACUGGACAUGGUAGCUGAAGACAUUCUCCAAAGCUUCCUGGACCCUAAGACGUACAACUGCGAACCAGCACGUGUGUUUCUUAGAGAAGUCCUUGCAAAAAUGAUUCUCGACAUGACGAUACAGAGCUGCUCAAAGCCCGAGUGGAUCAACGGCUGGAUCGUCUAUCUGCUUGAAGAAGCUGAGCCCGAGCUGCUGAGUGUUAUCGAUGCUAGCGUGGGGAAAUCAGCGAAUGAGGCGCUACAAGACGGUGGAAAGCGGUCUGUUGAACUACAGGAACAAACAGCAAACAUGCCAUCACCACAAGAACGAGACUCCAACAUAGCCCAUAGACGAAGGGUCAGCAGAGCGCAAGACGCCAUGGAUGAAGCCAUGCGUGAAGCGCAGCGGCUUACCCAGUUGAUGGCAGAAGAAGAUGCUCGGAGGCUUCGGGAGCAACAAGUGGCCGCCACUGGUUCUAGUGAUGAUGUAUCGGAAAGCACUACACAGGGUGUUUUCACCCCAACAUCCUCUCAAAGUGACGCGAAUGGGGACGGUGAUGCAGUGAUGUCAGAGAACGCUUCUAUGGAAUUGUCGAGAGACCACAGCCGAGCCGCAGAAGUAAAACGGCUUUCUCCACUCGCUGCAAAGUCCACAUUUACAAGCUUCGAUCAGCUCGUCCCCGUUCAGGCCCCGACUGCUCUUGGCGGCACUCCCAACAAGCCCAGCAGAGACCCAUUGACACUGUUCAAUGCCAACAUCUCUAUCUUCGACGACUCCGUUCCGAACGACAGAACUGCCAUCAGAUCAAAACCCAUGACUGAGUACCUUAUUCAGAUCGAACCGACAUCAUCACAUCAUUCGGGCUGGAUGAUUGCUCGCAAGUUUGCAGACUUUGAAACGUUGCACGAAGUGUUACGGCGCAUUUCGGUCGUCUCAGGUGUCAGCUUCGUCGAAGCACACCCAUCGCUGCCGAACUGGAGGGGGCGUACUAAACCUUCAUUGCGCGGCGAGCUUGAGCGGUACCUCAAUGACGCUGUUCACUUCCGCCCGCUUGCAGAGAGCGAGGGUAUGAGGCGGUUUCUUGAAAAGGAGACGGGUCUAAGCCAGUCACCAAGUACAUCCAAAGGCGGCUUCCCGGGCAUUGGUUGGCCCUCUCCGUCUGCGUUUGAGAAUAUGGGGAAAGGAAUGAUCGACGUCCUUGCAAAAGCCCCCAAGGAAGUCGCUGGAGGAGGCAAGGCGUUUUUCGGCGGAGUAACUGGAGUUCUGGGUGGAGUCGGCUCAAUCGUCCCCAAGAAGGGCACCGCCAGUGCACGCCAGCUCAGCCAAACUCCAGCCUCUUCACCGUCAAGGCACGUGCGAGAUGAGAGUACCACUUCAAGCUUUCCAGCAGGCCGUAAAAGUACGGACAGUCUAUGGAGUCAACAGAUUCUUGAUACUCAACCAGCGCCUAUAACGCAAAUGGAGUAUCGGCUAAGUCACAAUCCGGACUUCGAAGCUGGCACGAAGCCCCGGCUGACCUCGUCCUCGAGGUCGUCUUUAUACUCAGGUGAUCAGAUCAUGAAUCUGCCGCCACUGCCGACAGAUAUAUCAGACGACUACGACGCAGUAAAUCAAAGGCCCCCACCACAGCCACGCGAAAGGCAGAGUCUAGAGCACGAACGCUCACCGGGUGAUCCUCUCAAAAGCGCUCAAAAUAUUGCGGCCACAGGACCGACCGAGCCACUCUCUACCAGAGCACCUCCCGAAAGCCCUACCAAGCAACCCAAACCCCAGCCCCCACUAACUGAACAAGAAACCCAAGUAACUAUCGAGCUCCUCUUCGCCGUCAUAAACGAGCUCUACACCCUCUCCUCCGCCUGGACGCUCCGUAAAACACUCCUCAGCGCCGCCAAGACCUUUCUCCUCCGCCCCGGCAACCCGCAACUCGAAAGCAUCCGCGUCCUGCUCAAUAGCACGGUGCUCGAGGCCAACACCUCCGAUGCCGGCAUCGCGGCCCAUCUCCGGAAGCUGCGCGAGAACGCGCUGCCGACGGAGGAGGAGCUGAAGGGCUGGCCGAAGCCGCUGGACGAGGAGGAGAAGGAGAGGUUGAGGGGGAAGGCGAGGAAGUUGCUGGUUGAGAGGGGCAUGCCGCAGGCGUUGACGAGUGUUAUGGGCGCCACGGCGAGCGGGGAGGCGCUGGGGAAGGUGUUUGAUUGUUUGCAGAUUGAGCGGGUGGCGAGGGGGUUGGUGUUUGGGCUUGUUUUGCAAGGGGUCAGGGCUGUUGCGCAAUAG